GGGGCGCUGGGCGCGCUCAUGGCCCUGCUCAUCGCCGUCACCGUGGCGGGCAACGCGCUGGUCAUGCUGGCCUUCGUGGCGGACUCCAGCCUGCGCACCCAGAACAACUUCUUCCUCCUCAACCUGGCCAUCUCGGAUUUCCUCGUAGGUGCCUUCUGCAUCCCGCUGUACGUGCCCUAUGUGCUGACGGGGAGAUGGAUCUUCGGGAGGAGCCUCUGCAAACUCUGGCUGGUGGUUGAUUACUUGCUGUGCACCUCUUCUGUCUUCAACAUCGUGCUAAUUAGCUACGACAGAUUCCUCUCGGUGACAAGAGCGGUCGCCUACAGAGCCCAGCAAGGCAACACCAGGCAAGCAGUGCUGAAGAUGGUGAUGGUGUGGGUGUUGGCAUUCCUGCUGUACGGACCUGCCAUUAUCAGCUGGGAGUACAUAUCAGGCCAGAGCAUCAUCCCCAUCGGGGAGUGCUACGCUGAGUUCUUCUACAACUGGUAUUUCCUCAUGACAGCCUCCACGCUGGAGUUUUUCACCCCUUUCAUCAGUGUGAUGUUUUUCAACCUAAGCAUUUACCUGAACAUACAGAAACGCACCAAAAUGCGCCUGGAUGUUUUCCACGAAGUGCACAACCAGUCCUUCACUGAAGAGAUGGAAAGGAGCCGAGAGGCAAAGCUUUCUUUGAAAUGCUGUAAGUGGGAGCACAAGGAGUCAGCUGAAACCCUCGACCUCUCUAAGAGCAAAGCUCAAGCAGCAGCCUCCAAUUCCAGCCUGGAUGCCAAAGACCUGCUGGCAACAAGCUCAGAGAGCUCCAGGAAACCCGAGUGUUGCAACAAGAAGAGCUGUAAAAAUUCAGCCUCCACUCUGCCCUCAGAGGUGAAGAUCGUGUCCCAUAGCACAACUCAACGCUUCAGGCUCUCUAGAGACAAGAAAGUGGCCAAAUCACUGGCAAUCAUUGUGGGCAUUUUUGGGAUUUGCUGGGCACCCUACACUCUCCUGAUGAUCAUCCGCGCUGGCUGCCACGGCCAGUGCAUCUCCGAGUUCUGGUAUGAGACUUCUUUUUGGCUGCUGUGGAUCAACUCAGCUGUCAACCCUGUCCUAUACCCUCUCUGCCACUCCAGCUUCAGAAGGGCUUUUAUUAAACUCCUUUGUCCCAAGAAGCUGAAGAUUCAGCCUCACUAUGCCCUUCAGAACUACUGAGAGUGAAGCCAGCCCGGUGUGAGGAUGAGAAAAGCCUUGGUUUGCUUCUGCAGUAUUGGUGUGGGACUGGAGCUUGUUUCCUUGGAAGAGCCCAGGAGCAGUGGUGUGGAGCAGGUGAGGAAGGCAGAAGAGAGCCCACUGUUAACUUAUUUUAGUUCAUCAACAACAUAAUCCCACCACAAAGAAGGAUAAAGGGGUUUAUUGACAUUAACCACAGAUAGUGAAAUCUGUGUCUGCCACUGGCAGGUGCCACAAAGAGCUCUGCUGCCACCUAGUCAGCCUGAGCAGCACCAGCAUUUUGCUCCAAUAAACUGAAACCUGAGAAGAAAAAGCUAAUAAAAAUAAAUAUCUGGCUUAAACUACUGCACUAAACUACAGCUUAGCUGUUGGCAGAACUGAUCUUUCUCAUAAAUGGAAGCUUUUUUUCCUCACACCAAUUGCAUGUCGAUGAUGAUACAGAAAGAAAAGAACAAACCUCAGAAGGAAAACAUCUCAUUUGCCAUUUUUGUUACAGCAGCUGCAGCCAUAAUCUGGAUCUCUCUUUCAUGGGGUGCAAUAGAUGUCCCUUCCGCACCCCAAGAAGGGACAGACAUCCCUAAGGAGUUUACAGCCAGGCUCUGAGGCACUGAGCAUCUUGAAGCGUUCUGUUGGCAUUGUCUGAUCCCUCCCUGCUUCAAAACUGCUCUGAUUUCCUCUGGGUGCUGCCACACACUGCCCAGUGCUCCCAUGGCAGUGAUGCCCCUGCCAGAGCCUCACAGCAGGAACAAGCCCUGGAAGGCUCCUAGGAAAGGGUUCCUGUGCCUGUGUGAAAGGUGCCAGCACAGUACCAGCUUCUCCACAGACUCCAUCCUGACUACCCAAAGACAUUUUCAAAUCUCUUCUGCAGGAUCUUAAAGAUACUCUUCUGGCACUGUGUCAGAGAAUGGCAAGCUCAGAGAGAAGCAAAUCUUGUGUUGGUUUUAUGUUCCUUUUUUUAAUGUUCCUUUCAGACCUCUCAAAUUUUUCAAGUUUCAGGACACCUGCAUUCUUUCUUUUAAAAUACUUCAUUGGAGAUCUGGGUUGAGUUGAUUCAGUUAAUACAAGCAUUAAUUCUUUUACUGUUUAAUUUUAAAAAUUUUUUCAGCCCUGUCAGCUAAUUACACAGAUAGAACACAGAUUCAAGAGACCAGGGCUGUAGCCUUGGUCUUACCAUAAAAUCCUGG